CGCGUCCUUUGGCGACGACAUCGACAACCGCGAGGACUGGAUGGACUGGUGCGUCUCCUAUGCGACCGCCGUGUUGCAGCGACCGCAGUUUGAUGCGCACUUCAGCCUCGACGACGCCUUCGGCUCCGACACGGCCCGCCGUGACAGGGCGGUUGAGAUUUGCACGAUGGCUUGGCAGCGCAGUGGUCGACCUCGUUUUCGAGGCCUGGAGGUCUACAAUGCCGAGCGACAGACAACCGCCGUUCAGCGUGAACUUGCCGAGGAAGCUGCUGAACAUCGAGCUCGCCGCCGCUGGACCGAGCACGAGACCCACAGCAGCCCGCGCCUGGCUCCUGCUGGCGACCACGCGACCUCGACGACAUCUACCACGGCAAGCACGUGCUGGCGCCAGAUGGACAUCCUCGAGAACGGCGACGCUUCCUCUCGUGAUGGACUACUUGGGAGGACGUUCGUCCCCACCUUCAUCGCCACCGAGUGGUCCGCGGUCCAGACGCUGACGGGCGCCUGGACUAUAUCAUAUCGCACGCACGUGAACCCGCACAAGAAGCCGUGCUUGUUCGGGUGCGACCCGCGCGAUGCCUCCAGGAACGUGGGCGACAUCAGCCACUACGUGACCUGCCCCGCGACCGCGGACGACCAUCCUCUCCAUGUCAUCGCGCGCCUCGCGGUGCCCUACCGCACGUACAACAUCCUGCGCACCAAGCACGACGCCGACCAUCCAACGGCUGCAAGUGAAG